AUGAGCCAGCCUCUCGGCCAACGUCCAUCCAGCCAAGCGACCAGGGGCAAUGGCAACCCGGCACGUUCUAUGCCCGCCCCCGCCUUUGCCAGGCACAGCGCCUUUGGCGAUGACGAGGGCGGCGAUGAAGACGAUCACCAGCGCACAUCGCGCUCGAGACGAGAGCGCGAGGAGCUUGUGUCUUUCGACAGGAAUGGGGCAGUCAAACGCAACCGGUCGCCACCUCGACAAGGGCCCCGCGUCAUUCCCAUGACUGCCAACCUCGACUGGCGCCAGGAUCGCAAGAAGCGCCUCGGCCUCGAGGAAAAGGCCCGCUCCAUGGGCUCACUCAACUCGAUGAAGGCCUUCGGACGUCCUUCGACCUCGGGAACUGCGAAUCAGCCGUCCGCGGGCGAUGGUCCGACCGCUGCGGUACCAGAGAGGAUCAACGACCAGGAACAGAAAAAGGGCCUCCAGAUCCGUCAAAGGCCAGAACAACCCGACGAUGCCAUGGACGAGGAUGCCCGAGGGGCGGCGGAUCGCGAUGCGACCCCACCCGCCGAUCUGGGUGGCUCGCUCACUCCCCCUCCCGAGACGGCAGAGCAGGCUGCCAUCCGCGCCCUCCUCGCCGGCCAAGGCGUCGGCAGCUCUUCCGCCCCCAACGCAGAGCUAGUCAUUUCGCAGCCAGACGAGAAGGACCUUCUGCAGAGCGACGUCAACACGAGGCCCGAAGCGCCCACGCUCGACGACUAUGCAGCCACACCCAUUGACCAGUUCGGCGCCGCGCUGCUGCGCGGCAUGGGCUGGAAGGAGGGCAUGGGCGCCGGAAGGAAUGGCAAGGGUCCUAAGACCGCGCCCGAGCCCAAGAAGAGGGCGGCCUUGCUCGGUCUGGGCGCCAAGGAAAGGCCGGUCGAUCCUUCACUGCCAUCCAGCGGAGCCAGGUCGUCCCGACCUCCCAGGCCGGAUCGGCGGUACGUCCCCGUCGUCCGGGACGCUGCGCCGACGUCAUCCAGGGAAGCAAGUUCCGACCCAUCAACGAGACGAGAGGACCGGCCUGGCUCUCUGGGCAGAGGGCGGCACGAUCGAUCUGCAAGCCCGACAAGGCAAGAUCAUGACCGGCGAAGGGGCGACUCGCACCGGGAUCGAGAACGAGAUCGAGAAAGAGAUCGGGAUCGAGACGGCUCCCACCGUUCUCGUAGGGAUCGAGAUGACUAUCGGCGGGGAGAGGACAGAGACAGGACUACGAGGGACGAUGAUCGCCGCGACCGACCACGCUCGGAUGCGGAGCGGACUGAGAGGCGGCAUCACGACGAGUACCGGUCACGACGCGAUCAUCGGAGCACGGAUCGUCGCGAGAGCGAGCGGGACCGCCAUCGGGACUCGAGGCGCUGA